AUGACAAGCAUAACGCUCAAGCUCUCUUCGCUAGUGAUACGUACUCUCUCAAAGCCCAUUGCUAACCAAAUAAAAGCCCAAGCCCGAGAACAUGAGCGGUUUCGUCGGGUGUGCGUCUCUUUCGCUCAAACACUCCACCGUAUUGACAUGCGCCUAAGGCUUGGUUUGCUUCAGAGUUCAGCAAGCAUUGAGCGGCAGGCCGCUCGUGAAGCAGCAGAUCUUCAGAUUAAAAAGAGAAAGCAGCAAAUACCUACAGUAAAAACGGAAGCGCAAAUGAAAGCCGACGAAGCGGCAACUGUAAAAGAAAGGGAGAAAGCAGCCGAACCCCCCAAGCCCCCGCCCACACCACGCAUUAGACCUCUUUCUGAAGCAAAGGCAAUUGAUACCGGUGCCAACUUCAUCAGUGAAACCUUCCUGUUUAUGGUUGCCGGAGGGUUAAUAGUGUUUGAAUCUUGGAGGUCCCGCAGAAAGGAGACAUCGAGAAGAGAAGACGUGGCGGAACGUCUCAAUGAGCUUGAAGAGUCUGAAAAGGCGGCUAGGCUGGGUCUCAUUGCUCUAGAGAAAGAGAUUCUGCAGUUACGAGCAAAAUAUGAAAAGAAGGCUCCCAGGGAAAUCCAUCGCGUCCUCCCUGAAUCAAUCCAAGCUAUCGACGACGAACCCGAAUCACCUCAGCAGCAGAGUAUUUUUGAAAAAUUGAGCUCUAAGAUACAAUGGUUUCGCGGAGCGUCAAUGGAGACAGCUUCAUCCAAACUUGGUCCACCACCUACCAACCCUUCUACCUCUGAACCGACACCUCAUGGGACAAAAUAG